GGCUCGAGGGGGGCGCGGCCGGGCAAGAUGGCGGAGGGCGACAACAACAGCGUGUACCAGCUGGCUUCGGAAACUGCUAGCCUGGAAGAGCAAUUGCAAGGAUGGGGAGAAGUGAUUUUGAUUACUGAUAAAGUUCUUCGCUGGGAGAGAGCCUGGUUUCCUCUGGCGCUGAUGAGUGUUGUUUCCUUUUCUUUUCUGAUGAUCUACUACUUGGACCCAUCAGUUCUUUCAGGUGUUUCCUGUUUUGUUAUGUUCCUCUGUUUGGCUGAUUAUCUUGUUCCUGCUCUCGCACCUAGAAUCUUUGGCUCUAACAAAUGGACUACGGAACAGCAGCAAAGAUUUCAUGAAAUCUGCAGCAAUUUGGUAAAAUCUCGUCGUCGAAUUGUUGGUUGGUGGAAACGUCUUUUCACGCUGAAGGAAGAGAAGCCUAAAAUGUACUUCAUGACCAUGCUUUUUUCUCUUGCUGUGGUUGCCUGGAUUGGACAGCAAGUUCACAAUCUCUUUCUGACCUAUCUUAUCGUAAGCUUCUUGUUGCUGUUUCCUGGACUAAACCAGCAUGGGAUCAUUACAAAGUAUGUUGGAAUGGCGAAAAGGGAGAUAAACAAACUUCUCAAGCACAAGGAAAAGAAAAAUGAAUGAAGACUGAACUGCUGUUCACUCCUGUGAAAGGUUUCCUUGGGAACAGUUUUGAGAGUUUAAUGUAUAACUAAGACAAUAGAAGUUGUGUUGCUCACUGGCUUUUUUUUUUUUGUCUCCUUGAUGAAGUGGAAAUGUCAUCCUAGCAGCUGCCAUGGGUUUGUGCCUCUCUUGCUGUGCUGACUAGGCUUCUGCAGCUGAUCUUGAAUGAAAUAUCCCAAUCUUUGUACAGAGCUUUGUUGUCUUCACCAGAUGAAGAGGCCCUGUGAAUAAAUACCCCCACUCCAGAAACAGCAGAGCUGUAAUGCAUGAUAACAUUUCUGUUACUGCAUUAGUGUCACUGUUAAUUUAUGGCCACAGGAAGUACAGAAGGCAGUUCUGAAAGCUUAUGCCUUUUGCAGGCUUGUAACUACUGAUUCUUGAGUAGAGUGAUCAUAGCUGAGAGUGCACAGCCAGGGGGGCAGAGGGUGAUUCCAUUGUCUCACUGAAUCUGUUUGCUUUUUUUGGCUGCAUCUACCAGACUAUCUGUUGAGUGAGGGUCUGGAAUAUUUAAAUCUGUAGUUCAGUUAUUUAGCUGUAGUGUAAACUUCAACUCAUUGCACUGAGACUGUAGUAAAUGAGUUAAGGUGUGAGUUAGUGUAGCAACUGAUUGUUCUGAAACCUGCUGUUAUCGCGGAGCCGUGUCACGUGUUUGGUUUGGUGAAUGUUGUUGUGUCUGUACACAAAAUCACCUGGAAUGUGCUGGGUUUGUCUCCUGUAAAUAUGCCUGAAUUGUUUGUGCUUUUCUAUGGCCUCUCCCUCCUUUUUUAAAACUGAACUUUUCUCUUUAAAAAGCUAAAACCUGUGUUAAUGCAUUUUAAGAGUUUCCCGUUUUAAAAUGAACCCUCCUCUGUGUCUGUUGUAAACUAUUGAAUAGAUAAAUACAGACUAAAGAGAAACUUUG